GCAGCGCGUUCUCCUUACCGCCUUGUUGUUCGCAGCAAGUCGCCAUUACUGUCGCCAUAUUAUGCGAAGUAUCUGUUAAUUGACAAAUUUUUCUCGAUUUGUGGCUAAGUGGAUGUUAUAGCAGCAAUUCAGGAUAUACGUGGUCUUUUUCAGAACAUGGAGUGACCAUGAGUCACCCUAGUCCAACGGGAAACGGCUGCUCUCUGGAGGAUUGUUACACAAACUUGUUUGCCUUGACGGAUCUUGGUGGCAUAAAAUGGCGUAAAUUGACUUCAAAUCCGGACAAUGUAUCGGUGGAGCAACUCGAGGAUCCAGUGCUUGUUUCCUAUGCACGUUGUAUUCAAAGUGGUUUACUAUGUGUUUGGAGACGAGUAGUGAAAAAUUCGGAAGCUCGAUCCCCGGAGCAGUUGUCAGUUGGCAAAGAACUGUGGGUAUUUUGGUAUGGAGACGAGCCGACCGGCAUCGACAACCUUCUAUCCCCUGACCUAAAGGAGUUGGAGCAUGGGUCUUGGGACAAGGAGAAGGACAAGGACAGUGGGCUGACAUAUGAGUGCAGGACGCUGUUGUUCAAAGCUUUACACAACCUGAUUGAAAGAUGUUUGCUGUCCAAGAACUUUGUGCGACUAGGGAAAUGGUUUGUCCAGCCGUAUGACCAGGGGAGUGCUUUGGACCGGAGUGCCCACCUGUCCUUCUGCUUCAACUUCUUCCUGCAUGGGGAGAGUCAGGUGUGUGCCAGUAUUGAGGUAAAACAGCACCCUGCUGUCUGGCGCCUUACCCCACAACAUGUACGCCUGGUACAAGAGAACCACGCUUCAUUUCAAGUGAUUCUGGCACCAUAUGGACUGAAUGGAACACUGACCGGGCACACAUAUCGAGACACGGACCAGAUCAGUCGCAAGAUGUUCGAGGAAUGGAGCCAGUUUUACCCCUUCGAAAAUAACACCAGUACUGAUGACAAGGAAAAACUGCCAAACCUGGUUGAAGUCAUUGUUUCGGGUGUGAGGAUGCGUUACCCUGCCUCCUUCGUGCUCAUCUGCGACAAUGAAGACUCCCCUGUCCGCCUCCAGCCCCUCACUGUUAAUCCAAGUGUGGGGCCAAGGUCACAGUUUAACCACUCCAUGAUGAGCAACGGUCCCCUGACACCACCCACCUCCCCAGCAGACAACUCGAUGGCGGGCGACACAGGGGUGAAGAUCGUGCCGAUGACGCCUAUGAACGUUGGUAUGAGUGAAGGCAGUGUGAACGUCAACUGUAUGCCCAAUGCUUCCGAUGUUCUCGGUCAUGCCAUCACACAGAAGGUUCUAGAAGAUUCCAGCAUCACCACCAGCAUGGCCAAAAGGACGAGUGACACCAGUGAAGAGUUGGCUGCAGGACAGUGGCACUUUGCUGAACCAACUUCCAAAGUCAAUUGUGCUUGUCCCAGGCAAAGGAAGAUGAAAGGUGGUGGGGCAGGUCAGUCGAAGAGUUUCCCCAGUGGGAAACACAAAGGCGAAAAGCAGGAAAAGUUGGAAAGGCAACAGUCAAGGCAUGGUCGGAGUGCUACACCUUUUCACAGGCGCUCCCCCAUCAUGGAUGAUCUCAUGCAGUUUGAUAUAGACCUCAGGUUGCCUCCAAACCCAGCAUUCUGUCCCACUGGCGGAACUACCAUAGCUCCUCAAGGGCAGAGCACCCCUAACGAAACCAAUGUUGAUACACCUUCUGCUCCUUCUCCGUUAGAUGAACUUCAGCCCCUCGUCAACUCUACAAUGGACCCACCGAUGCCGACGUUAAGUCCGCAUCCACCUCAAAAACUUAUUGGAAACGAAAAGGAAGUGUGUGGGAAACAAACGGGCAGUGCUUCUGAAAACCAGAAUGGGUUUAUGUGUUCUGGAUUCCCGGACUAUUAUCCUAAGAAUGAGGAAGGGGUUUCCAAAUCUGACGCCAUGGACUCCCCGUGCCAUUGGGGCCAAGAGUCCAAACAUGACAGUGUGAACAACUGGUUACAGUCGCAGCAUCGCCAGAUGGAGUUGACACGGGGUCUGAAGCGUCCCAGCCUCCCCACCAAAGAUGCAGACGAAGAAGAGGAACUAGUCACAGAUUCCCUCUACAAUAUGAACUCAGUGCAGCAGUGGAUCGACCUUCCGAUGAAGAAAGUUCGAAUUGAUACCACCCCACCUGAUGGUUCCAACAUCCAACAACCCUCCCUCUCCGAUUCCUCCUCCCCCUCCGGCCAUUCCCAAAGACACACGCCCAAACCUCCUACCCCACCACCAGCCCCUGACCCCUAUGAGUUCUCCGAUGAGGCAUCCGUUAACCCUGGAACACUUACACGAUGCUCGCGGAAAAGUCGAGAUGAACACUUUCCACGACCGUCACCGAAACGGGAUGAAGAUGCCAAAGAUCCUAACCGACUUAAUGACUCCAAAGAUGAGAAUCCUGUGAAUGCCGUUUCUGCUACAGUGGGUUCCCCUCAGACGCCUGGAGCUAGUCUAACCCGAGAGAUUGAUCUCAAACCAACCGAGCUGGACUUGGAACAUAUAUUUGAGUCAUCGGGUGAUGACAGUGACGAUGCUGGGGGACUUGAUGCAGGGUUGUCUGCCAGUAAGACGACAGAGGAACUGACUGCUGGGAAAAUAACGCCAUCUGUAGCACAAGAUCUAUCAAGGAUGUAUCCAACGCCACCCUCACUUGAAAAUACCAAGCUGCCAUCACCCGAGACAAUGACCGAUGUCACGCACGAUGUAGUCGAAGUCAAAGUAGAGGCGUAUCCCAUGCCCACUGCUGAGGAGUUGUGUAAGCAAGGGGUAUUCAAACCCCCUGAGUUUGGCAAGUUUGUUGGUUGUGGGAAGUAUUCCCAGGUGGAGCUACCCAGCAAGCAGCUGUCUCCGAUCCCUGUGCUUCCUGACUACAAACCCCCCUGGCAGUUCACCAUGGCCAUCAUGGACAAGUCACUCUCUCAACCAACCCCAAGUCAAUACAUUAACAUCCCGUCCAUAGAGAACAUCCCCAGUCUGACAUCCCGACUGCCAACUGGCACUGUGGAGAGUUCCCCAGCCACGUUCCACAACAGCAAUCAGCAGCGAACUCCACGCACACCACGUACCCCCAUGAGCUAUGAGCUCCAGUCACCAGCAUCCAACGCCUCAUCCAUCCUGAACAAAACCCUCAACUCAAUAGACAAUCAUGGCACCAAUAACCAGCUACCAGAGGUGCACAGCCUCAUUGUCAAUGUGCUCCUCUCGGAUUCCAUUCUCAAUCUGUUCAAGGACCACAACUUUGACAGUUGCAAUAUUUGUGUAUGUAAUAUGGACAUCAAAGGUUCCGAUGCUGGGCUGUACGUCCCAGACACUGGCCCAAACUCUGAUUCCUUGUCCUGCAGUUGUGGUUUUAGUGCUGCCAUGAACCGAAAGUACGGUUACAAUUCAGGGUUGUUUUAUGAAGACGAAGUGGAUAUUACUGGAAGGCGCGAGGACAGAUUUGAACGGCGGAAGCCGAGUUUGCUAGCGUUAGAUGAGAACACAUUAAAAGACAAUGUUCCCGAAGAUAUACCUCAGAUAAUAUUGGAGUUACUUCUUGGACAGUUCACUCUGCCCCAUCCCUCCAUGGUGGCAGAGCACAGGUUGUCCUUGUUGGAUAUGUGUGCAGCUACGUCUUUCAUGGGAAGUGUCGUGGAUACCUUGCAGAUAAGCGAUGGCAAUGAGGUUUCCUACAAUGCUUUGGAUCAGGGGAGACAAGCCAUGGAGAACUGCUCACCAAACAAGCUUGAUGACCCUGCCAUGAAAAAGAACUGUCUCCAUAAAUGGCCGUUCCUUAAAGGUGCUAAUCGAAUCCCGCUGAACUCCCAAGACAUCCUGCGCAUGUUGAAGACGCUGAACCCCCUCCUGAUGGAUGCCAUCAUGAACAAGCGCAUCAUGCGGGUGUGGGAACAUAGUCACAAGCUUACAGGGCCGCUCAGUUGGAAGGACUUCCAUCAACUGGCAGACAGAGGGUCGGACGAGAACAGUGAGCCCCAGCCCAUCCCACACUUCCUGGUGGGCUACGACCGAGACUGGCUGUCCGUCUCCCCCUUCAGUAUACGCUUCUGGGAUAAAGAAUUCAUGGAACCAUUUGGUCGUCAGCGUGACAUCGCGUAUGUGGUUGUGGCACCUGACAAUGACUUUAUCCUACAGAAUGUGAUCAGUUUCUUCAAGGAGCUGAGUACAGUGUAUGAACUAUGUCGGCUGGGCAGACAUUGCCCUAUAUCUAAAGUGCUAAGAGAUGGUAUUAUGCGGGUCGGGAAGAGUGCUGCUCAGAAAGUGCAAGAUGAACAAGUUGAUGAAUGGUUCAAGUCUAUAGGGGAAUCACCACUGGCUGCCAAGUUGAAGCUGUAUGCUCAGGUGUGUCGACAUCGGCUGGGGCCGUUCCUGGCAAGACAGAGCCUGGACAAGUCAUUGUUUGACACACCAUCUAGCUCAUCACACAAGACACCAUUCAAGGCUCCGGAGCCUGCUAAGCCACCUACACCGGACAGUCAGAACUCAUCAGGGAUUACACCAGGCCAGGAAGAUAAUAAAGAGACUGGAUUUAGUGAAGGAAGUUCCCAGAAAGACGGAGGUCAACAUGACCUGGACACAGAUGACAACAACCAUUGUCCUGCUGUAGUGGUGUAUCUCAUUGACCCAUUCACAUACGGCAAUGCAUGGGAUGAUGACAGCCGACUGGCAAUGGUAGGGCUACUUCGCUGCUAUCAUCAGAUGGUCCAGUCCCUCCCAGAGAACCUCCAGAACAACAUGUGCUUACAGGUUGUGCCUCUGAAGACUAUCUUGGGUUACAAGGAAAGCAACACCCAGUUUCAGACCCUCAAGUCUGUGGCCUUCUCAGUGUUCACCAACUGCAGAUGGAACCUGACACACACAAUCAUGGGUCGGCCUCUCACAGGCUUCGGAUCUGCGGCAGCUGCGGAACAGUUUCUCAAGAAGAAAGAGGACAAUGGUUUCACGCGCCUUUACAGUCCCCCGUUCGUGCUGGCACCAGUGCGGGACAAGCAGAGCCAGCUGGCGGAGUGUUGUGGGGAGAAGACAGAGAAGUCCAAUGUGUUGUUCUGUGCCUACUGUCUGUCUGAAGACCAGCGCUGGCUGCUGGCGACGUGCACGGACGAGAGGGGAGAACUCAUGGAGACCUGUGUCAUUAAUAUUGAAAUACCAAACAGGAGCCGGAGGAAAAAGGCAUCAGCUCGGAAAGUUGGCUUGCAGAAGUUGUUUGACUACAUUCUUGGCAUUGUUUCCAUGACAACACUACCUGCCAGGCUUGUGAUAGGCAGGUUUGGGCGUCUUGGUCACGGAGAACUAAAAGGCUGGGCUGGCAUCAUUAGCAAGAAGAACCUGGCCUAUGUGAGCAAGCACAUGCGGGACAUCUGCAACCAGUGUUCCUACCUGUCCAGUGAGAACCCCAGUAUCCUCAGUGCAUGUCUGGUGUCCUUGGAGGCGCAGCCCAGCUUCCAGGUGAUGUCCGACGCCCUCAAGAUGGAGGAGAAGCCGAGCAGCAACUGCCCCCUCCAAACCCCCCGGGAUGCAUCAACAUCCCACAUCCUCGUCUUUCCUACCUCGGCUACAGCACAGGUAAACAGUGCUGCGAUGCCCAUUGAAACUAGUCACUUAGAGCUGGAUGAUAUCAUGUCAUAUGAUGAAUUUGGCACUAUGGACAACGAUUUCAACUUCAACGAGCUGUUUGGGACAGACCCAGGAGUUACCUCCCCUAACGGUUCCCCUCCACCAGGUGAUAAAGGCAGGCUUCCAGAUCAGCGCUCUAACGGACAAAAUGCUCUAAACAGUGGUACCUCCAAUAUAGAUAUACAGGACGAACCCCCCAACCUGCUCCAGCAGCCACUGGCCAUGGGCUACAUGCUGUCCACUGCUGGGGCAGGACCUCUGCCCAAGUGGUUUUGGUCUGCCUCCCCAGAAAAUGAAUAUGUCUCCCCAACAGUCUUCAAGGCCGCUCUCCACAUCAAUUCAUCCUCCAAACAAGAUGACUUCAUGCCUCACCCUCAGGAUCGCAACUCUCAUGCCCUUGACUCCCACCUCACAUGUGAUGUGCUAAGGUUUGUACUGGAGCACUACAAUGCCCUGUCCUGGUUGACGUACGACCCAGCCACUAAUGAUCGCCGCUCGUGUCUGCCCAUUCAUCUAGUCGUGCUAAUGCAGAUGUAUCAUGCCCUCAAUGCCUUUGUGUGACCACUGCCAAGUCAAAAUGGCAUCCCGAAAAGUCUUGCCAGAACCGUGGGGAGCGUCGUGUCCAUAAUUCCCCUGAUCCAGCUGUGAAUUGCUGUGAUGCUCCUAUAGUGGAAAUUCUCAUGUCAGAUCUAGCAAAAAAGGUGUUUUUGGUUGUCUGUAUAUUUGAAUAUUUUGCCAAAAUACCCAAAAGGUAAUCCCAAUACUUACGAUACCUCCCAUGUGACAAAAAUGGCCGCAAUUAAUGGCAGCAACGGAAAUCUAUCUCUGAGAGGCAGCUAUUGUGAACCAGUGUGGAUAUUCCUGAAUUUUGAGGGCAGUGAUAUGACCAGUGGCAGACACGACCUGGAUUGGUCAAGGUCAUGAGGUCAAGGUCAGUCAAGACAAUAUCAGCUUUCAAUGUGACUGUGUGACUGAUAGAUGAAGCUUUACCUGGACAGGCUUCAACAGAAAUGUGAUUCCUGAAUUGUGAUACUGAAGGUCAUUUUUGGACUGAAGGACUGAGAGAAUACAUGCUCGUGAAUAUUACAAACCGGUUUCUUAUUUUUAUAGAUACACUUCAUUCCCAGUAUCUUCAUAAAUAUAUUUUGAUGACCUACUUACAGACAUAUGGAAAAUAGUAAGUUUGUGAAACUUAUGAUAUGCGCUCUCAAACAUGAAGAGGUUAUUUCAAAUUUUCAGUAUAUCCUGAUAGACUUUUCCUGAUAUCUUCCCAUUUGUCGAUAUCUUUACAUACAUGUAUGUACAUGUUAGUGAAUAUUUUAGUUUGAGUAUUUUAUGAACACAUCAGAUGGGUUACUUCUUGGCCAUAAUUUCGGCAGGUAUGGCCUUGGCUAUCUGGAAUGACCUUAUUUUAGACAAAUAAAGCAAUUGAUUAUCAAUACCUGUGAUUGUUUAAAUCAAAAUAUACAAAUCAACCCAUGGAAUAUUAAAAUACAAAGUGUUCCUGUAAUGUGAUAACCGAUAACAUUUAUCAAAACCACAUUGUUAUAAAUGGAUUCAGGAAAUCUUUACAACUCUGCUUACAAUAAAAGGCAGGUCCUAUCUUCGCUUUUGAUGCAAGAAUAAUGAAUUUUAGUAACAAUUCUUAAUAAGGUAAAAUAAAAAAGCAUUCUGAAAUAUUUUUGCAUACAGUACUUUUUGAAAUUCAUCGCAUGAACAAGUUUUAGAGGACUUUUACAAAAGAAUUUGAAUAUGCACAUUUAUUAUUUCAUGUGACCCCAAAUCAUGGAAUUUAUUGACUAUGAGAAAAGGCCAAAUGUGGAUGUUAAUGGUUGUAGUUAUAGCAGCAAGAGUCCAGUUAUCUUUUAUAGAAUUGAUUUCAGUGCUAGUUGUUAGAAUUAGCAAAGGCAAUGUUUACAUGAAUUAAUUGUGCAUCACAGACUUGCAUAUUUCCUAUAGUGCUAAUGUUUUGUUUUUUUGGUUGAGAAAAGAUUCAUCCCCCCCACGUCUUACCCCCAAAAGUAUUUUUGAAACUAGACCAUAGUUAAUGUAUUUUUAAGUAAAAGAUGUUUUGAAAAAUCUGUUAUCUGCUAUAGCAAACGAAGAAUAUGAAUGUGAUUCACUUUUCAGUAAGUCAAGUGUCCUUCAACUAAGUUUCCCAUUGAGAGAUGCUAAACCAUUGAAGCUACCCUAGUGUCCAGUACCCUCAUGUAAAGGGAUAUGUUUGGGCAGGAAGAUGAAAAAUGAAAUGAAUGGACUUAACCUUAAUGAUUCUUUGUCUUAUAGUUUUUGCCAAAUACUUUGGUUGUUGAUGAGCCUUUAGGUCAUGGUACCAUAAAAACGUAAGUCUUUCUCAAACCUGACUUAUAAACCAAACUCAAGCAAUAAUAAAUCGCAGCAAAUUAUUUUAACCAAAAUGGUUUGAAAUAUGUGAAUACUUAAUUUUGUUAAUCAUUUUGAGAAAUGAAAAGUGGUUUCCUUUUUACCUGAUCAGAAUUCUUUCACUUGAUAACACUUUCUACAGUUGGAGCAAGUGAUGCCAACAUAUCUUGUUUUUUCAUGUAAAUAUGUUAAAUAUGAAUAGCAAAUCUUUAGAGUAAAUCAUUGAUAUGUUUUGUGGUCAAUACUUACGUCUUGAAUCUGUCGGCAAUCCUGGUUAAUUUGUAUUGCCAACAGGCAUUUAUUAUUUCUAUGUGAAACAUGCAUGACAAUGAGAGAUGAAAACUGCAUUAAGAAGUUUCGAAAGAGUUGAAUACUUUUCUGGGUGCAGUCAUGUUUUAUCAAUGGAAAACUAGUCCAACCUUGAUAGAAGCUAUAGACAUAUUCUCUGCGUUAUAAAACACCCCUGCGAAGCAUUUUGUUUCGGCUGAAGGCCAAGAAAGAUAAUUCAGACCCAAGGCAGAGGUGAAGGUCACCUCCUCCCACACUAAGUUUUCAAGUUUCAGUACACGAGAACCAAUGACAGUUUUUAUUAUUAAUAACAUUUUAAAACUGCAAAAUAUUUCAGUUCGUAUAUUUUUCCUAUAUUGAUACUAUAGGGUGUAAGUAUGAAAGGGUUACAGAUAAAUGAUGUCUUAUAAAGAUGAAAGAAAUGACAAAUGGUGGUAUAGAGUAGGUCAACUUUGCCUCUGUUGUGAACCGGAGAAUAUUUUAAGGUUGCUUCAUCAACUGUUGAUGCCAGAACAUUUAUCACUGGAGCGUUGGCUAGAGGAGACAACCUUAUCCCUAUUAACCUUGCUAGCCAGGGGUGUCCGUCUCAUUGGAAGGGUAAUUCUACAAGGGUCAGCAUUCUUAUGUUACAGUCCAUGGAAAUGGCUGAAGUGUGCAAUGACUUGUUUGCAUGGGUGUAUUUAAGCUUGAUAGGGUCUUGUAUUGACAAAGGAUUCCACACAACAGUCAUGCAUUGCAAUGCAAAUAUCUUAUCAAAAUCAUUUCUUCCUAGUCGAAGAUGUUAAUUUCAUCCCAACCUCAAACUAACUCAGGAAGGGGACAACGAAAUGUUAAUAUUAACCUGGCGUCCAUUUUCCGAGUUGGUUUGGGGUAGCCACCAUUGUCUUUUACUCAUGUCGGUUAUUGGUUUUGUAUAUAGUUCAUAGCAUUGAGGAAAGCAAUGAUAGAGGAUUAUUUUGUCACAGUAGAAUAUCUUGUUAUGUCAUUUGUGUGUCAUAGUGUACAUUGUUCAUGGAUCAUUGUUACCCUCUGAUGCUGCAGCAGCAGCCGAGGAAUAGAUGAACAGCACAAACCGAUCUGAUUUCUGUAAAUAUUUUUGUUAUUUGCAAAUAAAGAUGUAAAAUUAAAUCAAACUACAUCAACAUAACCCCAGUUCUCAUUGUUAAGUUUAUGGUUGGAAAUCUCUGCUGAGUUGACGGACAACUGUUAUGUUAUUUAACUACUCGGAGGGUAAUAGGAUGCUCAAUAUUAUUCCCCUAUGGCUAAUGAUGUACAUGUUGGCACCUAUUUCACUAUGCUGGAUGUACAUAUCGUGUGUCAGUACUGUUUGUUAAAUUGUGCUUGGGGGCGAGUGAUGUACAUUACUUGAACAAGUGCUAGUUAUUUCACCUAGCACCAGUAUUAUAGCUCCAGCAGAGAUUCCUCCAUUGUUUAUGUCCUCCAGAACGAGAUUUUCUACUUUUGGCUGGAUGUGACUGUUCACAGUUGUCGUGUAAAUAGUGGCCCACUAUGACAAGCUGUGAUGUACAUCUCUAUCAUGUCAGUUUUCACAACUUUUCUCAGAUUGUAUGUAUUUAAAAUAAAAUUUGAUCAUAACUUAUUUUUCGUAGCUAGUACAUAUCGUACAAAUACUAGCUCAUGAAAAUAAAUUGAAGACAAACAAAA